AUGGCCCUCAGCCUGCCCUCUACAGACUCUCCCGUAUCAUCGGGAUUCGACCGAAGUCAGCGACUUUCGAUCUCGAGUUCUAAACCCCCCCCUUUAUCUAACGGCAUCAAAUCGCCUGAUGCCACUCGGAAUGGCAUAUUACACCACCCAAAAAGCUUGAAGCAAUAUUCCUCAACGCUACUCGAAAUACCGGCCGUACAAGCGGGUGCACCAUCAGUGUCCAAUCGCACUCCAAGCCGAAGCCCAAGCGAGAAGAAUGAGUACAACUUACCGACCAUCCUGACGGAAGGGCCGUCACCGACAAGUACGUUUAGCUACUCUGGGAGGGGAACCAUCAAGGAAGCUAGAAACAAACGAAGGAAGCCCUGGAAGAAGUUGAUGUGGGUAAAGCAAAAUUAUCCGGACAAUUACACCGAUGCAACUUUCCUCGAGACUCUCCAACGGAAUAUCAACUUCCGCGCCUACGAUUUCUGGCCUCUCGUAUACGACACCACUGUAAUCAUACAACAUAUAUCCACUGUCGUCAUCUUUGUUUGCGCAUUCGUUGCUAUCUCCGUAGGGAAAGUCCAGCCUGGUUAUGUGGCAGGUGCAAGUACCAUUUUAACAAUAUCGGGCUGGCUAGUUUGGGAUGAUUGGAAUGAAGAAGAGCAAAACUUUUUAACCAAGGCUCAAGAAGCUGUCUCCUCUAUUUCUCGAAGAGAAUCUUCGGGGGAGGAAGACUUGGCCAGAUCCAGGAAGCUAAAACCACCAAACCUCGGAGAGGCAGAAGAAGCCCAGAACUUGCUAGACCCGAGGGCACAAGAAAGAAAAACAUCAGCCGUCAGGUCGGCUUCGCUCUCUCCAAAAAAGUCUGAUCGAGUAUCCAACAUCCGACCGGGUGUUAGCAGUACCUUGACUUUAACACCUUCGGCAACCAAUCUAGACAUCGUAAAGCCAAAUAGCAAACCUGGAGAACCACUUGCAAGAUCCUUAACAGCUCCAGCGUAUUCUUUAUCAACUCAUACUCCUAUACGCCCUCCCUCGCCUCCACCUCCACCUUCUCGGGCUAAUAGGAGACUAUCGACGCUAAAGAGCGCGCUACUCAUCUACAGUACCCUCCUUGGUCUAAGUCCUAUCCUCAAAAGCUUAACCCGGACUACUACCAGUGACAGUAUAUGGGCUUUAAGUAGUUGGCUAUUUUUGGUAAAUUUACUGUGCUUUGACUACGGACUGAGCGAAGGCGACACAGAAGUCAAGAGGGGCGUGGAUGGAGGUGUCCAGCUACCUCAUGGCGGCUUAGGCCCCCCAGGAGUCGGGAACUCCCUGAGGAGAAAGCUUCGUCACCUUUCGUCGGUACUCCACGUAUCACUAACCUCGGCCCUUGUUCUUUUCGCGGGCGGUAGUUUGCACUAUGUAGUGAACUGGCAAUGGUCCCUGAUGUGGUUCGGUAUGGUUCUCGGCGGUGGCGGCGGCGCAGCGUGGGUUCUUAUGGGAAUGCAACGGUAUAAAAAUGAAAUUCGCGGCCCUUGGGAUCCUGCAAGGCCAGUAUUCUCGCGGAGGCAAUGGGCGGAUUAG